GGCUAUAGUUGGUUAACAGUCGGCUAAACGUGCCAACCAUUAACCGACUAUUUACCGCUAGUUUUUGAAGAUAGUUGGCUAACAGUUGGCUAACAGUAGGCUUAACGUGCCAACCAUUAACCGACUAUUUACCGCUAGUUUUUAAAUUUCCCAUCAGUAAAUUUUAUUUAAGGCUUUAUUUAAAGUUCAGUAGCGUGGUCGAAGUUUAUAGUGAGAAGCAAUUUAUCAUUUAGUUUCUUUCAAACUCUUUUUGCUUUUUUUAAUAAAACCGUUUAACUAAAACUCUCUUUUACCUUUAAGUGAAACAGUUACGUUGAUAAUGGAGAACAAAAAGUUAAAGUCUUAUCAAGUAGUUGAAUUCCCUGCAUUAAGGAAAAACCAGUUAUCUUCGGUAGCUGUAGUGCCUAGAAACUGGAUUCAUUUAAAGGAUGAUCAAUUUUUUUGCUUGUGGCCACAUGGUUACUCUAAAAAACAAGUUGAGGGGUUUGUUAAAACCAAGUCAUUUUUAAAUAAAAACGAUUGCAAAGAAUACAUCAUCAAUAUUUUAGGACAAUCUAAGAGUUAUGAAACUGCUUGUCAUCUUGCUCAAACUCUUGAAGAAGAAUCUGAUGUAGCCUUAACUGAUGGGACUUCUUCUGAAUGGUCUAUCAAAUCAAAUCCUGGAAGGUGUUUAGAAUCAAAUCCUGGAAGGUGUUUAGAAUCAAAUUUUGUGCCUUCAACAUUCCCUGAUAUAUCUGAUGACGAGAGAGAUUCAACAGUUAUUAUUACUGGAGUUGAACUGUUUUCCGGCAAUGUGGAUUCUAGGAGGGGAUCAGAAGAGAAGUUAGCAGCAUUGGAGUUGCGAUUAACAAAACUAGAGGACAGAAAAAAAAUUUCAGAAAUUGAAAGUUUCAUGAAUAAUGAAGAGAUUGUUGUUCCCCCAGGCCUUCUAAUGCAAAGUAAAGAAGAUUUGGAGGGGCUUAACCUUAAGUUGCAAAUGAAAUCUGAGAUGGCUGUUUAUGUUGAAUAUCUGCGUUCUGUAGGCGGUAGAGUUGAGCGGGCAAAAUACGUACGACGAGUGUUGGGAGCUAUGUUUUUAAAAAAUUUCAGUGUUUUAUGUAAUCUUAAUGGAUCCUCGAGUAAGAUGAUGGCAACUGGAAUGGGAAAGAUCAAGUUGCGAAGUUAUCAUUUUGUUAUAAAAUGCUUAGUUUCGACAGUAAGAAUUCAGUAUCCAAAUUCUAAAAAUAAAGAUUUUUACCCGAUCUUUUCAAGAUGGUUUCAAGGAGCGAUUGAUCAGGGUGAUGGUCGAAUAAAUAGACGGGCGAAGAGCAUUCUAAUAAAAAAUCAGUUGCUUUUAAUGAAUGAAGAAAAUAUUUAGUUUUUAUUUUAUUUUGUAAAUUUAUAAAAGCUUACUUAACUUGAGUUUUAUAAUAAUUAUCUCAUUUAUCUUAAUUUAUAAUUUUCUAAUAAACUGUAACAUUUUAAAAUACUACCUUAUUAAACUAGUGUUUUUACCUAAAACUGCCAAUUAUAAUUUCAAAU